UUUUGCUUCUCAAUUUUCAAGAAUCCAAAUCACAAAAACACCAUCAACCCACACUUUCAAAACCCUUUGAUUCACAGUAGAAUCAGAGAAAAGGAUUCAUUGAUUUGCACCGGAACAGAAAAGAAAGAUGUGUUUUCUGUUUAUAUGCAGUGGAGAAGAGAAGAUUUUAGGAAGACAACAAGCACCAGGUUUAUGUCCGUAUUGUGGUGGGAAAGUACAAUCGAUGGAUGUUGAAGUCCAAUGGAGGUUUUUCUGUUUACCCCUCUGUUUUAAAACUAAGAGAAGAUUUUUCUGUACUAAUUGUUCUAAACGAUUAGAAAUGUACCCAUCUAGUUAAAAGAGAAAAAGAUAAUUUCAAGAUUUAUCCUCUGUCGUUUUAGUUUUCUUCUGAAGAGGUUUAGAUUUGUUGUUGUAGCUUGAUGAUUUGAGGGAAUGGUUGUUAAUACAAGUGCCAUUAAUUUGUUUCUCAAAUGGGUUUUUCU